UAUUUAUAACAAAAUAAAUAAACUUCAUUGAUAACAAAAAAAGAUAUGAUGGAGGAUGAAAAGACAAACAAACAUGGAAAGAAGAAAAAAAACACUUCUAUAGGUAGCAUAACUAUUGGUGGUGAAGGUGGAAUUACGGGACUUAUUGUGUUUGGUGGAGCUUUAGCCCUUGCAGGUUUCAUGGCUGUGACUUCUUUUGGAAGAAAAAAACAUAAGAGAAAGGCCAUCCAUCCUCACCACCAACAAAUUUUAUUGGAUGAAGAUAAAGACUCUCUUGUGCCAUAUUCAACAACCCAGUUUGGAGAGGAUGUCACAUCUUGUUUGGCAUCCAAUGAGUGCACUAAGGCGGUAAGUUCCUCAGAGUUGCAACCCUUGAUUAUGGAGGAGAAAAUUGACAAUGAACCAAAUAAUGCGUGCUUUCAUCCUCAAGAAAUUGCCUUCUCUGACCAUUCCCACCCAGAAAGUACAUCCUCAAACGAAAACGGGGUUGCGGAGGAAUGCCAAGACACCUGUGACCAUGAACAAAAAGAGGAACAGAAGGAUGAAUCACAAGACAGCCUAACAACAACAGAGACAGAGGAUGAUGAUGAUGAUGAUGAUGAUGAUGUUGACGACGAUGUUAUGGAGACUGACGAAGAAGAUAGCUCAAUAACAACAGGGACCACCUCCCUUGAUGAGAAGGAGGAGCUGAUAGAACAAGAAUACAAGAAAUACUACUGUGAAAGCAAUCUUUGUAAUGAGGAGGAGAUGACAGUACAAAAAGAAGCACUUUUGAACAAAACAGCAAAUUUAUCUGUGGUGCAAAAUGAUCAACCAUCAAUAUUGAGAACCUGGGUUAUGCCCAUACUGAUGCUAGGAUUGCUAAUGAUCAUAGCUCUGUUAACCAGAGGCCUACAGGAAUCUCUUUACGUCCUUGAUGAUGGUAUUCUGUAAUAGUCCCAUGAAGUAAAUUUAGGAGAUCAAUGUAUUAGUCCAAAAGAAGGAUCAACAUAUAAAAAUAUGUUAUGUCAAAGAAAAUGCAUCUAUAAAUAUAUUUUCUGUUGAGU